GCGGCCUGACAGGAGAGACCAGCUGGCGCUGGCCGAGGCCGCGCAGGGCCAGGCGUGCGAGGAGUCGCGCCUCCGGCUGAGGAGCGCCGCCCUCCCCGAGAAGCGCGUGGAGGACAACUACGAGAUCUCGGACGGGGACUCCCCAGCCGACGACGACGAGAGGGCCCGCGCGCGGGAGAAGAAGGCCGUGCCGGGCUGGUGUGGGGACUACCUGAAGCAGCUGGAGGCGCAGGCCGAUCUAGACCCCGACUCCAUCUUCGGCUGCCGCGUGCCGCGCUGCGUCCUCGAGGACAUCUUCCUGGACUCGCACUACGAGCAGGUCAACAAGAGCAAGCCGAAGCGCACGCGGGGCUCCUCCGCGGACUGGCGCAGG